GCUUUUAAUGCCGCAUUCUUGCUUUACUACGUGGCUAUAGGCACAGCCGGCACAGCUAUAGGAGAGAAGUCAGCUGAUAUCGGCUUAGAUUGUAAGUCAAUGUCAACAUAAGAGUGUUCUUGGAGAUGGCUGCAGGUGCCCACAGCUGGGAAGACCUGCGGAAGCAGGCCAGGCAGGUGGAGAAUGAGCUGGACGUUAAACUGGUGGCCUACAGCAAGCUGGGGGCGGGCUAUGCCAGUGCGCCAUCUGUGGUGCCCGGCGACCAGCAACCGCUGCUCAGUGGCGACGACCAGCAGGUGGAGAAGACUGAGGCGGAUAUCGAAGCCUGUCUGACCAAGCUGUCGACCAUCAACGAGCGUAUGUGCGAGUUCUCUGCGUCGGGCGCAGCGUCGAGCGCGGCGGUGACACAUACGCUGCAGCGGCACCGCGACAUCCUGCAGGACUACACGCAGGAGUUUCGGCGCACCAAGACAGCGCUGGACGCCAGCCGCGACCGCCAGCAGCUGCUCGGGCGCAGCGACGACAGUAGCUACAAGAAUGGCCGGCUCAACCGCCGACUCGACCACCUUCUCAAGGAGAAUGAACACAUCAGAAACUCGGACCGACUGAUUGACGAACAGAUCGCCAUCGCCAUGGAGACGCGCGAGCACCUCGGCUCGCAGCGCGCCACCUUCAAGGCGAUCCAGACACGGGUCAACGACCUGGCGCACCGGUUCCCCAUGAUCAACAGCCUGGUGCAGCGCAUCCAGCUGCGCAAACGACGCGACUCGCUCAUACUGGGCGCCGUCAUCGGACUCUGCCUGAUAUUCUUUAUCUGGUACCUGUUCGGCUGAGGUUGGUCGAUGCCUGUUCGGCUGAGGCCGACAGAGCAGAGACACGGCAGAGCCUGUGGAGGUGGACAGCGUCAGAGCUCCAGAGGACGGACGGGCGGUGACAUGGCCGCGCGCGUGCCUGUGGGGUGAGCUGUGUGCAGCUGCGUGCGCAGAGUGUUGGAAUGCAGCUCCACCUGGUCUGUGCGGGGAGAUUCGAGACGACCCGACCCGGGCACGGGCACCGUGAGUCGCAGUCGCCCAGCCGCUCGCCUGUCUGUAUUAUUGAGUGAUAGUCCACAGUCCACGGACGUAGCGCUCGCAGAGGAACUAUCAAGGCUGGGAAGGAUAUAACCGUGCUCAGUCGAAUCCAGUGUGAAUGCUGUCGAUGAUUUUUUUUUUCGAGCACUGUGACUUCUUGAACAGGUGAAGAAGCACAUUGACUUCACCUGAUACUGGAGAGUGGCGCGGGGGAUGUAGGCUUAUUGGUGCCGAUAUUCGGUCUCUACUGUAGGGGAGCCUUGUGUGGGGCGGUGGGUCUUGAAGACGCCCGUACCGAUAUUCGGUGUUCGCUGUACGGUAGCAUUGUGUGGGGCGGAAGGACGUCUUGAAGACGCCCGUGAUAAGUCUGCCAGGACGUCUGGGUGGGACAGCGAUUGAUGCUGCGAUUAAACAGCCAAUGAUUGGUGCCUCGACGGGGCUGCAGUGAUGAUACAUGGGACCGACAGUGAUGAUACGUGGGACCGUCAGUGAUAUCCCGGAUUGACAACGAUGCCCCAGCGGACAAUGGUGCUCGCAGUGGGACACUGAACAGGGACAUUCGCGACUGUUUUACAGGGGCGUCUGUGUUGGGACUGGAGGGGUAUGUCGGUGGAACGGAUAGCUGCUGCGCUGCCGUGGACGAUAGAGUUACGGACCAAGUCAUCGGUAGGGAAAAUGUGUGGAGGGGCUGAUAUUGUCUGUGAGAUAGCGGACGGCUGCUACUGGGCCAAUGGCCUGCACGGAUGCACGGCCGGGUGUGGCUGCAGUCUGUGAAUGUCCUGCACCCACUGUCCUCGGCACCGACCGGGGUCCCGGUCAGCAUCACUGCAGCACGGCAGCCCUGUCGACAUUAUCACACAGCCUUCUUGUGGGACUGUGCUCCCUGUGAUGGAUAUAUUCUUUAUUCUGUCAAAUACACAGAUUAUCGUAA